AUGACUCUCAAAGAAGACGGUUUCGAAUCCUCCGCCGCUUUCGACGCGAUCAACGCUACUCUCCAGGGCGACGAGGCCGAGCGCAAGGAGGCUAUCAAGAAUGCCCAAACUGUCGUUGCUUUCCAACUGAAGAACGACGCUGGCAAGGAAGAGAGCUGGCACCUCGACCUCAAGGAGAACGGCGUCGUUGGCAAGGGUGCUGCUCCUCCUGGUAAAAAGGCCGACGUGACCCUUCAGCUUUCGGACAAGGACUUUGGGUCUCUGGUUUCCGGCAAAGCCAAUGCCCAGAGACUCUUCAUGGGAGGCAAGCUCAAGAUCAAGGGCAACAUCAUGAAGGCCACCAAGAUGGAACCCGUUCUGAAGAAGGCCCAGGGCAAGGCCAAGCUAUAG